CUGGGCUAUGGAGACCCUCCUCGACAAGUUCAAGAGGGAGCAAGGAGGGUUGCGACGUUCCAGAUCCGUCCGCGCUUCCCUACGAUUGAUAGGAAACCGCUGGCGGUCCACCAAAGAUGAAGAACCAGUUGAUGAAAUUGAAAAGAUCAAGCAUAGUAGCGUGAUAUUUACCAAGCCAAUUCUAAGUGAAAAGGAUUACGACGUAGCGUUCUCAGGCGUCGAGGGCACGUACAAGCCCAAAACACCAGCUAUGGCGAAGCGAAAACCUGAGCCUGUAAAGCAGAGAAAGAAGAGCGGAGACAUAGAUCUAAACCUAAAACCGCAAAGACAUAGGAAAGUGGAGAAAAAAUUCAGUGAUCUAUUCACAAAUAAAAAACAAAAGAGCGCGUCCGCUAAAGAGCUUAUAAUGCCUGAGAAAAUACCACCUAAAGCAGCGGCGAUUUUGCACAUUCAUUCGCCCGAGAAAGAGAAGAAAAAAAAGUUGAAAGGCAUGGGAAAAUCCGAGUCUGCGAAGUCGAUAGCGGAGUUAGUGUCGCAGCAGCGCGUGCGCAGAGGUUCCGAGAGUGACAUGUGCCCCAACCAACCACGUGGAUGCGUCAACCCGGCUUUUGUUUACAGUACCCCACCAAAGGAGAGAAAGCUGCCGCUGUCACCGUCUGCUUACUUGAAGCUCCAGUACGGCGCGCUGCUCGAAGGGUGCGGGGGUGAGCUGCCGUCGUUGAGCGCAUGCGCACCCCACCCGCCGCACCUCGACAAAGCGACGCGCCGCCAACAGAAGGAUGCGCGUGCGCAACAAGACAAAAUCGCACAAGUUAACAUACAUUUGCACGCCCUCUUCGCAGCCGUCGAACAUGGAUAUCUUGACAAAGCGAGAAACAUCCUGGAGUCGACGGAUGUCGACGUUAACAGCCUCAACGCCGACGGGCUGUCGCCUUUGGACGUGGCGGUGCUCUCGACUAACAGGCCGCUCGUCAAGAUGCUCAUGGAGUUCGGCGCCAAGGAAGGCACGCAAUUCAAAAGUUCUGAGACGUUGGGCGCUCAUCUACGCAGACUGGCGCGAGAGGCAGAAGCGAAACUACACGAAGCUGUCGGCUGCGCUCCAGAGAGGAGUUGUAGGGAGGAUGCUUGCACCAGGUCAUCGGCAGGUGGUCAGGCGGCCGGCACGACGGGCUGCGCAGGCGGCACCGGCUCCGAGAAAGACAAGCAAGCGCAACAUUGGGAACGGAGAGUGAGGACGUUAAGGAGGCUGGUGCUAGGCUGGCAGCAGUUGCGCGUCCCGCCGGCGUCCGCGCCGCCCGAGCUCGAGGUGUGCGGCGCGCACGCCGUCAGCGUGCGCCUGCGCGACACGAGGAGCGGCUCGGCGCACAAGGAUCCGCCGCCUGUCACCAAGUAUAAAGUGGAAUGGUCUUCCAGAGCGGAUUUCUCCAACGUGUGCGGGUCACGGGAGGUGGCAGCGUCCGGCACUAGUAGCGGUACGAAGGUGUUAGCUGCGGGCAUGACGCGCGGCCGGCGAUACUUCUUCAGGGCCGCGGCUGGGAAUAUCAAGGGCUGGGGCCCUUUCACCGUCUCUGUGCCGAGGAGCGUGGUGCCGAGCAGCUGGCGCGACGUGUGCGCUCGCGGCGCGCGCGGCGGCGGGGGCGCGGCCGCGCUCGAGGCGCUCGCCGCCGCCGCCGCGGGCGCGCGCUGCCGUCCCGCCGCGCCGCCCCGACACCCGCGCAAGAAGACCGCCACCAUACGGCAGCUCUUCACCGCCGCAAGCAAAUUCCAGAAGAACCUGCGCAGGGGCGUCUACUUGGCGUGUAUAUUAUACCACGAAGACAAAGUGCUGGUGACGAGCGAAGAAUUCUUGCCGGUCAUCGAAGUCGACGAGACCUACCCUACUUGCAUCUACACCGACUUCCACUGGCUCAUGAAGGUGUCGUGUUCUUGGGACGACGUGAAGGCACUCCGGUCGGACAUGGAGAAACACACCUCCUCGUCAAUACACUUCAGGCUCAAACUACUCACCGCUGCUGCACAGAUGCAAUCGGCUUUAGGCAUUCAAGACUUAGGUCAACUCUACCACAAGCCGCUGCGAGACUCCCACGGGACUGUAGUGCUGUCCUGCGUCAACAGCGUCAAGUCCGCCAAAUCGAUAUCCGCGUUGAACUCUCGCUGGGCGCCCGUCACUAAGCUCCGGCGGCGGGUGCUUAGUGAGGACAACACUAUUGGCGAACUGCUCAUGGCCUCUGUGCACGAGCAGAUUGCUUAUCACCAAGUGUCGCGCGUGCAGCUGUGCCGCGGGCUGUACGUGGGGUACCUGAAGCUGCAGUCGUCGGUGGAGGUGGUGCGGCUCGUGGCGCCCGCGCGCGCGCCCAACGUGCCGCCGCACGCGCGCGUGCGCGACAACCCGCACGUCUCUGCUGAGGAAUGGGAGUACUUAAAAAACAUGUCAGGCAAAACAGAAGACUCCCAGCACAUGAACCUCUCAAUCGCGGGCCAGGAGAAGCCUUCAGAAUCUCAAGAAAUGUUCCUCGACCAGCUCGCGACGGCCGCGCGGCGACUCUUCAAAGAAAUGGAGAUACCGCUAGAGAACGUACUCACCCACCGAAUUUACGACUUAGAAGUCAUAGAGUUGAACAAUGACGUCAGUUUUAUCAUGAUAUGCCCGCCGGCAGAACAAGCGUGCUCUGUGCCCGGCCAGAAAGAAAUACUCCUGCAAAAGGGCGACCUACUCAGCCUGCCCAUACAGGCCUUCGAGAUGAUCCAUCUGCAGACCUACCACAAUAACAUCCUGAACAAAUACUCGAGGCUCAGCUGCGUUUUGGAGUUAGACGUCGCGUUGGCCGCUCACUCGCACAGAGAGGCGUUUUCGUGCAGUGAACUGCAGACAGCCAAAGAAAGACUAGCUAAAUUAGAAGACCUGCAAAACAAUCUGAACACCGUGUGGAAAGCGGAAAGGUGGUUGAUGGACUUGAUUGGAUUCGCGAGAGAUAAAGACAAAGCUGUCCAGAGUUCCGGUAUAUUGCUCAAAUACAUUUUAGAUAAAACUCCCUCACAAAGUGCGGAUGUUCCCGACGCAGAAAGCAACGAAAAAGACUCCGAUUUGAAAAUCGAUUUCUUGCAAAUACCGUCGCGGGAUGGUAAGAUUACAAAGACGUCACCUGGCAGGGGGUCGUGGCCAGGCCCUGCUGGUAACGGUAAUCACGCAAAUCUGCAUCCAGAGUUCAGUAAAUCGGAGCAGCAGUUGAGUCUAGCGCCGCGACAGACGUCCGUCUCGACUCUAAAUCUAAGCACAUCGCAAUUCCUAAAUGCCGACGGUAGCAAAUUCAGGAAAGGCAGCGCCGAUUCCCAGUUCACGCAGUCGAGUAACAAUUACAUGAGUAGCAACUCACAAUUCGAUAUUAAAUCAUCGGAAUCUCAUACUAGCAUUGGCAGUAAUCGUCUCCCGCCGUCCAGGAGCGAGGAUACCCUCGUGCUCCAAAAUGAGAAUGUGGAACCCAAGCCCCGUCCGCACAGCAUCAACGCAACAGCUUCCACCACCUCGAGUCCUUUACUAACAGUCAAAGGAUACUACCCAGGAAGCAUGGUCAGUGUCCGAGCGUCCAAAAGUAACGUGUCAGAGUCCGCCCAAAGCCUGUCCAGCGAUUCAGAGAGUCAGAGCUGUCCAAUCACAUCAGUUCCACUAAAAAUCCGUCCGAAGCAGUACAGGACUUGCAAUGUCAUAGCCUCGAAGAGUAUGACAAGCGUAAAGACAGGCGACGUGGACUACACCGACACUGGACAGGAGUAUUUGAAGAGUAGUUUGUGUGUGAAGAGACAGCCGCUGUUGGAAACGCAAGAAGAUGCGGAGUACAACAACAAAGUUCCAAAGACUGAGGAGACGAGGCAAGAGAGCGAGCACAUUAUGAAGCCGGCCAUGGAACAGCGGACGCCUGACCAGCCCGGGAUAUUACAAGUAUUUGCUGCGUACGAAACAGGAUUGGCGGUUGGGACUUCGCUCAAGCUUCACGUCACUCCCCGAACAUCAGCACGCGAGGUCAUCGACCUAGUUGUCAAACAACUCAACAUGGCCGCCGUGCUCAAAGGAAAGUCCGGCCCUGUAUAUGGACCGGAAAAACUACAAGAUUUCUGCUUAGUAGCUGUCAUCGGAGCCCGGGAGAGAUGUCUACGGGAUGACUUUAGGCCAUUGCAACUCCAAAAUCCAUGGAGAAAAGGGAGAUUAUACGUUAGACUCAAACACGAUGUGUUGGCGGCAUUACAACAUUCCGCCAAACAGCCCGCCUUUAUUUAAAUAUCGAACGCUUAAUCAUAAACAAUUUUAGUUAAAUUAAGAUAACUUUCGUUCUAUUUUUAAGUAUUUUUAAAAUCGGGUUGAAUUUUUUCCAAAAGUGCGGGAGUUUAAAGGUUCAUUUUGGUGCCAAUAUUCUUAUUAUGUUGAUGCUUUAAGUAGUUAAGUGAAAGUUGUGAGUAAUGAUAGUGAAUAUAACAGAAUUUAUGGUGCUUUUCACUGUAAAAUAUGUCGCUUGAAAUGUCUUUAGAUAUCGAUUUCCAGUCUCUAUUACCUAUCGUAGUUCUACUUGCGUACAUCAUCAUGAAUGGGUGGAAAACCCCAAUAUUUCCAUAUUGCCAUUGUACUCAUUUCGAAUUCUCAGAGUUUUAUUAGUUCAAAUGCUCUUCUAAACCCUAAUCUUUAAUAAUGGCUGUAUAAUUUUACGACUAUAUAUAUUCAUGUUAUCAAUAGUAGCUUCAAGCAAUAUUUAAUAUCUACUGGCGUGAUAUUUCAGUACCCUACUCGUAAUAAUAAUGCAUGAAAUACUAUAAAAAUAACUUUGGCUCAGUUGUGAGAUUAUGCAGCAAUUUUAAAGUUUUAUUAGCAUUAGCUAUUUUAUUUCUUUAGACUGGAUAUAGAGAUGCUAACCGAAAUAGCUUUUCUCUAGGUAAUUUCUUAAUAUUUGUGUAGUCCAAUCUAUUUAGAUCCUAAGUACCUCCUUACUGUACAUUGUAUUGCCAGUCUAGAAAAACAAUUAAUAAAAAAUAUAUUAUUAUAUUCUUAAUUUACCUUAUAAAACCUUGCAAUUAUUGUACAACGCGUACCAAGUGCCUGAUUUAUUUCAAAAAUAAUGAAAAUCAUAUCUCCAAGGUGGACAGGGUUGCAAAUUGAACUAUCUUUAUUUCUACCAAAGUCAAAAAUAUUUGGAGCAAGAUGAAGUGGGCCAUUGCUAUACUAUUCGGUAGAAAUGAGGAAAGUAUGAGAUGAUAUCGAUUAUUUCAUUACUUGAAUCCUGUUUUCGGAUAAUCUUUUGCUCUACCAAAUAUCUUUACAUGAAUUUGGUUCUUAUUAACCUAUGGUUAGUAAUGUUUAGUUGUUUCUUCGAAACAUUCACUCUCUAAAUAAAAGGCAAUAUCUCCAACUCUCAAUGUUUAUGUUAUACAUACGAGUAAAUGUAAAAUUUUAAUUAUAUAGAAAAUAUUUUAAAGGUGUAUUGUAAAAUAAUAAUGUAUUUAGAUAUUUUAAAUUCAUAAUAAAUGUCCGGCCAGUGACGAAAUUAUUAACUUUAAGAAUAUGUUUAUUUUCAUUGUUUUAUUAUGGAGACAUCUUUUUUUAAUUAGGCGUGGCAACUCCUUAUAUUUGUCCUCCAUGAAAAUAAAAUAUUUUUUGACAUUUAUAUACUGGCUAAGCUUUAGUUUCGAAUAAUGCUUAUAUUUUGUAAUAAUUAGAAAUUGGAUUGUAUGCAAAUGCAUAUUGCAAUCCUUUGCCCAAAGUCUAUUGUCAUUUAUAAAUUAUAAGGCAUAUUUUGUGUUAUGGAUUUUAUGUAAAUUAUUUUGUAUGCUGAAGUAUGUUGCAUAUUGCAUAUAAUCCUGUGUCUAAUAGUAAGUAUAGUAAGUAGUCAAAACUACUGAGAUAGAUCUCUAACAAAGUAUUCUGUUAUUUAAUUUUUUAAUAGACUUUUCAUAAUGACAUGAUUAAACUAAAUGAUUUAUUUGAUGAAAUACUCAGAGGAACUUAAUUUUUGUUACAUUUGUUAUAAAGGAUGCUGUAAAUUCUGUAGUUAGGGUGUACAAAAAUGUAAAUUAGAAUGGAUGUUACAAAAUGAAAUUCGCUGUCUAUGACUCGAGCCAUAAUCGCAAUUUGUAAUGAAGCCUAACUAAAUGUCUUAUGAUAAAAUAAAUAGAUUUAUUUUAGAUUACUGCGUAAAGUAUUCACCCUAUCCAGUGUUGUAAAUUAGAAAUUAGAAAGAGUGGGAAUAUGAAGUGAUGCACAAAAUAAAUGUAUUUCAAUUUU